UUGAGACCUCUUGCCUUAAACAAAAGCCAAGACUCUCAAGCUCAGUCACAUUUAAAUAUUGGAGGUGUCAACAACAGCUCAAGUUAAACUACAAUGCACAAGAAUAUGGCAAACAAAACUUUAAUUUUGUCCCUUUUCGCCCUAACCCUGGUGGUUAUGACUUUGGCCGCUGGAGAUUGUCCUUCAUCGACCAAGGUUCAAACGUGCACACCCAAAUGCUUGCAAGACACCGAAUGCAGUGCCAUUGGUGGCAAAUGUUGUCCCAAUUUGUGCAACACUCGCUCCUGUGUCCAACCCAACCAAUUAAGUAACUCUGGCAGCCGUGACACUUCACCAUUCAGCAAGAACUCCGGUUCCAGCGGCUCAUACUGUGGCAAUGUCAAAUGCAGCUCGUUUGAGAAGUGUGAAAGUGAUCGCUCCACCAAAAGACCCAAAUGUGUACGUGCCUAAUUGUCUUUACUGGAUGAUACUGGCAGCCUUUCAUGUGGUGUUUAAGGGCGAUUUCGGUGUUAUUUGAUGUUGUUUUUUUCCAAUAAACUCGCAUGCAUAAAUAUUUGCUGCUAACAAAGCAAAA